AUGGCACUCCGUUUUGAUGGUCGAGUGGCGAUAGUAACGGGAGCUGGUGGUGGACUUGGGAGAACUUACGCAUUGGAACUUGCUAAGCGAGGAUGCAAAGUUGUCGUGAACGACCUCGGUGGUGAUGCUCAUGGAACAUCCGCGUCAACCUCUAUGGCGGAUAAGGUAGUGUCCGAGAUCAGAGCCGCUGGUGGUCAGGCGGUCGCCAGUUAUGACAGUGUUGAGUUAGGUGAGAAAGAUCGUGAAAACAGCUGUUGA